ACAGCUUCCGUCCGUUUGUUGACAUCCCGGAGAAAACGACAAGUAGGAGGAACAACGCCCAUCGAAAUCUUCCUUUGUUUUUGUUUUUGUUUUGUUUUCGUUAACGUUAUUGGCAUAGCAAUGUUGGACCAUGACCUGUUAUCAGCCAUCCAAAGAAAUGACUUGCACUGGCUUGAGGCAAAUGCAAGCCAAAUGAGUGCAGAUUGGCGGAAGUUUAUCCACAGCAAGUCUGGAGAUACAGCACUUCACGUUGCAGCUUCAGCUGGCUGUACACAAGUCUUGGGAUGGCUCCUGUCUCAAGGUUGUGAUCGAUGCUUAGAGCAGCAGAAUGCUGAUGGAAAGAGGCCUUUGCACUGUGCAGUUCAGGCAUCUCACUUACCCAUCGUCAAAAUUCUCCUGGAUCAUGGAGCAACAAUUGACCCCCUUAAACGAGCGGACUGGACGCCGCUGAUGCUGGCAUGCACAAAGAGAAACCUCCAGGUCAUCAGACACCUAAUUGAGAAUGGGGCGAACCUGCGGCUUGAAAACAAAGACGGCUGGACCAGCUUCCAUCUUGCAUGUAGAGAGGGUGACAAGGAAAUUGUUAACUACCUGUUGGAUGUAGAUGGGUCAGUGUGGAACAAUGUCACUAAAAAUGGCAGAACUCCCUUGCACACAGCAGCUAUGCAUGGAAAGGAAGGUGUCAUAAGGAUCCUGUUAUCAAGAGGAAGCUACAGCACAGAUGAAGUUGAUGCCUGUGGGAACACACCCCUCCUCGAGGCACUACGUAUGGGCCACAGGAACAUUGCUGAGCUGCUGAUAAUGGAACAUAAUGCGAGUGUAUAUACCAAGGACAAGACUGGACGCAUGGGGAUCCAUGUGGCAGCGGAAGCUGGACAGGGGGAAAUGGUGAAGUUCCUCUUAGAGAGCCAUGGAGUUGAUGUCAAUCUGCUCUCUGAAACAGGCUUAUCUGCAAUGCAUAGUGCUGCAAAAGAAGGCCACACAGCACUGGUAGAACUGUUGGCAGAGCAAGGCUGCAAGGUUAAUACACAGGAUGAGAAUGGAAGGACUGCUCUCUGGCUGGCUUGCAGUGCUCGAAGAACAGCCUGUGUAAAGGCACUGCUGAAGCUUGGGGCACAAGACAUUGGUGAUAAAAAUGGUAUUUUGCCCUCCCAGCUGAUGCCAUUUUGAAUAGAAGCCGUAACGGUUCAGAUACUUCAGAGAUACUAUGAGUCGCUUGUCUCUGCACAUUGUAUUCUGUUUGAAGCAAUUUUCAGAUACCAAAUUCCAAGGGUCACUUAUCAGUAAAUACUAAAAAUUGAAGACAGUGUUUACUCUGCUUUCUUACUGACUGCCUCUACAUGGUCUUGCAAUAGAGGUGUCCAGGAAAAUCCAGGAGAGGAUGAUUAUGUAAAAAGGCAGUUGAUGUUGAAGCUGGAUAUAGAAGAUAGGAGGAAGAGAGGGAGACAGAAGAGAGUGGAGGCAGCCCACAUGAACUGUGAGCCCCUUAUGAUAUGAGAAAAGGUGCUAAAGCAGGAUUCACAAACAUGCGUACAUACACACGCACACAUACGCCCACACGUCCACUCACCCACUCGCCACAUGCCCACACACCCAUGCACAGACGUACACACACACACACACACACGCACACACGCACACACACA